AUGGCGCGGGCGCUCGGGCACCAGCCGGCUGCUGGCGCGGCCGUGGGGGCGGCGGUCAGGCAAUUGCGGGUCUCAGACACAGGGGAUCGGCGCUUCGACGGAGUGAUCGCCGAUGGCAGCAUGCUCGGGGACCGCGCGGUGGUGAAGGGGGAGGCGGGUCUCCACCUGAUCGACCAGAGAGCGGGCGAGUGGGUGACCGCGCAGCGGGUCAAGAACCGCGACUUGGACAGCUGGUUAGAGCGCGAGCGGAGCGGGCCAGGGCGCGACCUUCGCAUCAUGCCGGUCCACCGCGACUCUUGCGGCAAGACGGUCAUGCUGCUGCGGGAGUCCGCGAACCUUUUCUCGGACCCCAAGUUCGCCGACUGGCCGUUCGAGGGGCCUCCCUCUGCGCGCGAGCUCUUGGCAGACACGGCGGCGGCGGGCCUCGAGCUGCACUUGUGUCCGACCUGGCUGGCCUUCGACUGCCUGCGGGCGAUGCAGUCCUGCGACCAGCUGAACAUGCAAGCCCUGGCGUCGGCGGAGCUGAUCUGCCUCAUCAUCGUGCGCCAGCGGGCUGUGAGACGGAACCCGAAGGCGCCCGACUUCAGGGGCCUGGAGCAGCUCGCGCAGUCCAACUUCGACGAGUCGGGCGGCCUGAAGACGACGGAGUUCGACAAAUACAUGGCCGAGCAACAGAAGACGAAUGCGACCGUGCUCAGGAGUCUCAGACAGGGCCUCGAGGAGCAGGAGAAAGAAAAGAAGAG